UUUAUCUUUGAGGAAGAAUGCUUUUGAAAACAGUUCUUACGUGAUUUGAUGUAACUUAAAUUUGCUCUGGGAAGGAAAUGUCUCGUCUCUGGUAUGGAAAAAAGGUGAGAAGACAUCAACCAGUUAAUCACAAAUACACUCUGAUUACUACAAGGGAAGACAUAAAUUCAAAGCAGGUCACUCCAGUGAAAGCAGACCUGGAGUCUGAAUCUUUUCGACUAAAUCUAAGUGAUCCCAGUGAACUCUUACUGCCAGAUCAAAUUGAAAAGCUUACAAAGCAUCUUCCACCCAGAACAAUUGGCUAUCCAUGGACUCUAGUUUAUGGUACUGGAAAGCAUGGCACAAGCUUGAAGACUCUUUAUCGAACAAUGACAGGUUUAGAUACCCCAGUACUGAUGGUGAUUAAGGACAGCGACGGACAGGUUUUUGGUGCAUUAGCAUCUGAGCCAUUUAAAGUGAGUGAUGACUUUUAUGGUACUGGAGAAACCUUUGUAUUUACAUUCUGUCCAGAGUUUGAGGUCUUCAAGUGGACAGGAGAUAAUAUGUUUUUUAUCAAAGGAGACAUGGAUUCACUAGCUUUUGGUGGUGGAGGAGGAGAAUUUGCCCUUUGGCUUGAUGGAGAUCUCUACCAUGGAAGAAGACAUUCUUGUAAAACAUUUGGGAAUCAUACACUUUCUAAGAAGGAAGAUUUCUUUAUCCAAGACAUUGAAACCUGGACUUUUGAAUAAAUACAAUGCUAUCUGUCUUAGCAGGAUAAUGGCCCAAACCUGACAUGGACAAGCAUUGUUUGGAAUGUUCAAGAAGCAAUACAAUGUCACAUGUCACUCAUGCUUUAAAAUUAGUCUGUAUCACCAUUUAUUAUAGCUAUGAGUUUAGAGUUGAUUUUUCAUAUCAUGUUCCUGUCCCAAAGUUCCUUAGGUUUAGACAGUGACCUGGGUCCAUGUUGUAUAAUAGCCUGAGUUUGUCAGAACUUGCCAGCAUUUUGAUCAUAGUAACUACUUUAUUUUCAGGUCAUGUUAUCUCAGUCUUCUAAUAGGAUGGUGCUCUUUUGUUAAAUCUUUUUUUUUUUUUUUAACUAUUGUUUCUUUUACUAGAGCAGGCAAAUUGGGACAUCGAGGAAAUGAAAUCCAGAUACUAUUAUAUCUGUGAGUUUAGAAAAAGUGACAUUUAGACCCGCUUUUCUUAUUUUUAUGAAGGAGAAACCACAAACCAAUAUAAUACAUACUUCACAGACCACUGAGUUUUAGUUUUGAUUCACACUAUAAUCUCUUUAUUAAUUUUUCAAGUAUUCUCAGUUUCAUUUUAAGGAAAUGAAAUUUGAGGAGAAUUCUGAUUGUCAUAGACCACAGUGCACAUGAUCUGCAGGUUUGGGCACAUACUUUCAUCUUUGAAUUAUCAGAUACAGAG